UACAUGAUUCAUAACCCUGUUGUGAACUUAGGAAAAAGGAAAAAUACUGUCUCACCAGAAGGUAAAACCUCAAAAAAAGCAAAAGGAGAUGGGGACCCUAGCAAAGAGAAAAAUAAGAAGCGGAAGAAUGGUAGCAAAGAGAAGGUUUCUCGGAACCCUCCUUUGAGCCCAACGUUAUGGGGUCAUGUGCAUGUGAAAAAGGCUAUGAAUGGGACUGGAAUGACAUACAAUUCCAAAAGGUCUCCAGAACAAGAACUGGAAGAAGUAAUGAAGAUUGUAACACCAACCAAAUUGAACACCAACUUCCACAUUCCCAAAAAGGGCUCCAGUGCUGCUCGGAACUUAAAAAAGCUGCAAACUAAGGAUAAAGUGAACAAAAAAGAGAAAUCCAAGAACAAGGCUAAGUUGCUCAAUGGGCAGAAGUCAGCAGGGAAUAGCAAAUCUCCAAAAAAGAGUCUGAAAACUCCAAAGUUGAAGAUGAAACAGAUGACGCUUUUUGAGAUGGCAAAAUCCAAUACAUCCAAGACUGGAAAAUCCCCGAAGGGUGUUGGAGGAGCCUCAAGAUCUAUGUCUAAACCUCAGAAAUACCUGCCACCUUUGGCCUUACAAUUCCUUCGAUAUUACAAAGAUAAUAAGGGAAAGGAGGAGAAGAAAGGUGCAGUGUCUGCAUUCAUCACCCGGGUGGCCAAAGUGCUUUCUGCUGAAGAACGUGCUCGUCUACCAGAAGAAGUUGGUGAUCUUGUUCAGAAACGUUAUGAGAUAUUGGAGCACAAGAGGAAAUGGGCAAUGAUGACUCUAGAAGAAAGAGCAGAUUAUCACAAAAAAAAGCGCGAAGAGCUAAAGAAAAAACUAAAGGAAAAGGCUAAAGAACGGCGAGAGAAGGAGAUGCAAUUAAAACUGGAAAAACAGAAGAGAUUUGAAGAUCAGACUCUUGCGGGAAAGAGCUUACCUGCACUUAAGCUAGUUGAUACACCUGAAGGGCUCCCGAACACACUUUUUGGUGAUGUUGCUAUGGUGGUUGAGUUCCUCAGUUGUUAUGCUGGUCUGCUAAUGCCAGAUGACCAGUAUCCAAUUACUGCAGUCUCCUUGAUGGAAGCACUGACCUCUGAAAAGAGAGGUUUCCUCUAUUUGAACAGAGUUCUGUUGAUUCUCCUUCAAACUUUGCUGCAAGAUGAAAUUGCAGAAGACUACAGAGAAUUGGGGAUGAAGCUUUCUGAAAUUCCUCUGACCUUGCACUCUGCUUCGGAGCUUGUUCGGCUCUGCAUGCGCAAGUCAGAUGUACAAAAUGAAAGUGAAGCAUCAGAAACGAAUGAAGACAGCAAAGAUUCUAUGGGAUUUGAAGAUAAUGAAGUUGCAGAUGAAUUACUAGAUAAGUUGGAGACUUCUGAGUUUUUUGAACUGACCCCAGAAGAGAAAGUAAAGAUUUUAUCAGCGCUCUGCCAUCGGAUUCUGAUGACUUACUCAGUUCAGGAUCACAUGGAGGAUUCACAGCAUAAAUCUGCAGAGCUGUGGAAGGAGAGACUGGCCAUGCAAAAAGAAGAAAAUGAUCGGAAGAAAGCAGAAAAGCAAAAGAAAAAAGAGAUGGAAGCAAAAAAGAAAGAGCCAGAAAACAACAAAAUGGGUGACAAGAAAAAGCCAGAGAAGAAGGAAUUUGAUAAGAAGCUAGAAGUGGACAAAGGUGGAAAUGAUUUAUUAACUGACGUCAAUGGCAGUGAAGACCUCAUUAGUGCAAUUAAAAGCAGGCGAUUGAUGGCAUUGCAGGCUAAAAAAGAGAAAGAAGAGCGGGAAAAGCAAGAAAAAGAAAGGAUGGAGAAGGAGGUGGAAGUAGAAAGGAUUCGUAAACACAAAGCAGCAGCCGAGAAGGCCUUUCAGGAGGGAAUUGCAAAAGCCAAGCUUGUCUUGCAUCGAUCACCGUUGGGCACAGACCGUAACCACAACAGAUACUGGCUGUUUUCGGAUCUGGUGCCUGGUCUGUAUGUAGAGAAAGGUUGGGUGCAUGACAGCAUUGACUACAGCUUUACCAUUCCUGAAGAAUACAUUCAACAUGAAGAGGACCAGGAUUCCAAAAGUAAUGAUGAUGAUAGCAUUGCUGACAGCAGCUUAAAUGACAGUGGCCACCAGGGGUCCUCCCAUACUGCAGAUAUUUGCAUUGAAACCACUGUUCCAAAACAAGGACAAAACCUAUGGUUUAUUUGUGACGCUCAGAAAGAACUCGAUGAACUCCUAAACUGUCUUCACUUGCAAGGUGCCAGAGAGAGUGCUCUCAAAGAACGUCUUCAGAAAAAGUAUCAAGAUAUCCUUCACUCACUGCACUUGGCACGGAAACCAAACCUUGGCCUCAAGUCCUGUGAUGGUCAUCAGGAGCUCCUCAAUUACUUGCGAACUGACCUAAUUGAAGUGGCAACACGACUGCAAAAGGGAGGGCUAGGAUACAUGGAUAAAUGUGAUGAGUUUGAGGAGAGGGUACGCUCGCUGGAGAGCCUGAAAGAUUUGGGUGAGUGUGUGAUCACACUACAAGAGUGUAUAGUAAAGAAAUUCCUGCAAGGUUUUAUGGCCCCCAAGCAAAAGAAGAAAAAAGCAGGCGAGGAAACAAAAGUGGAGGAAAUCGAUGAGGAGAAAAAAAUGGCUGAAGAAGCUAAGGUUGCAUCUGCCCUGGAGCUAUGGAAGUGUGCUAUACAAGAGGCUCAGACUUUCUCUCGUAUGCAUGUACUGCUUGGAAUGUUGGAUGCUUGUAUCAAAUGGGAUAUGUCAACUGAAAAUGCCCGAUGUAAAGUGUGCCGUAAGAAAGGUAAGCACAUGAUCCUACAUGAACUGAUCUUUUCAAAUUUGUUGUGUUGGAAACCCGUCAGUUGA